GCGACAACAGAGUUGGGACGUCGAGGGACGCUUCGAAAUCCGGGCUCGGUCUGAACUGAAUGGGAACCGGAGAUAUCCUCUCAUACUGAUUGGACGUUUACAUCUGUAAAGAUGCCGAUACUGAAGAUACCCAUUGUGCACAGAUUUGGCAUAAUUUCCCAAAAUGAUCACCUACUGCUUGAGGCUAGACCUGCGAAAAUGGCUCAAGAAACCUUGAAGUCUCGCUAUUCAAAGGAUGUCGCAAAAACACCCCUCUUUGAAGUCACAGAACAAUUUGUCCUUGAAUUUAAGUCUGCAAAAAUGCAAAAAGAAAAGGAACAACUGAUUGACAUGGCUAAAAAAAUGCUCACCAGAAAUAAGCGCAAAGCUGGCCUGAGUACAAUGGGCUCAGGAGAUCAUGUAAAUCUAUCAGUAGCUUGGACCGAGCUAGCUUUGCUGGUUCAGUGUAAAGGUAAAAUUCAAGAAGAAGCGCUGGACAUUCUCUUAAUUUCUCUGGACCAUGCACCAUUUCAUCCAGAUCAGAUUCCAGUUUUGUUCUUCCUGGCAGAGUUAGUUUUGUAUUGGAUUUGUACAGAUGCAGUGAAGCAAUCAUAUCUGUACAUCUGUGAAGUCAAGAUGAUCAAGGUUGGAUUUUUAACUUUUCUAAGAUUGUUUACCUUUCACCUUGCUGGAUUGGUAGGACCAUUUGAGCAAUGUAAAUAUCGCCUACACGAUUUCUUAAAAGGUCUCCCACAGUGUGAACCCUGCUAUCGAUCCUAUCCGAGUGUUUUGCUGCAUAUUCACUUCAUCAUUAGCACAGGAGAAAUAAUUUGUGGCUCUCUGACGUCAUGUGAAGAACAUACUCGUGUUGUUUUGAAUGAGGAUCCAAACGAAAAUAGCUGUGGCCAGUUAAGAAAGGUUUGUCAAUCUCCUCAGCAAGUGGAUGAACCUGAACAGAAAAGAUGUACCAUCAACCCUGUGCUAAGGGAAUGCCUUACGGUUUGGAUUUGUGUGAAGCAUAAUAUGCAGCUCUUAGAUGAUGUUCUGCAGCAUCUUCUCCAAAAGGAGCAACUCUGUAAGGCUAAUUGGAUUGAUUCUACACUUUGUUUGCUGCUUCUUAGUGAAGCUGCCAAGAUAAACAUGGCUUGUUUGAAAGCUUUGAAAGAGCUGGGUAUAAAUCUUUUUACACAUCUAAGUGUUCACAACUUAAAGCAGGAAAAUGUGAGCACAGAUCUGCAUGUUUGGCCUUUGCAGCUAAAUCAUCUCUACUGUUGUAUAUUAGGAGACAUCUGCCUCUAUGGCAGUACUCCAGAAAUUCAAAAGACUGCUCUAAUUGGGUGUAAGAUUGCAUCAAAAUCAGCCGACAGGAACAAUACACCAGGAUUACUUGACCUUCUACAAAUCCAGCCAGCAGCAACACCAGAAGAUGAUCAGAGCAGUUGCUGGUGGAUUCGCUAUGGAGCAGCAUACAGCUUAGGAAAAGUCUGUCAUAUUCUCCAUGGUGACAGAAAUCGAGAGGGGAUGAGAAAUGUUUCAUGGAAAGCUCUGCAGGAACAUCAGAGCUUGGAACAAGACACUCGAGUGCUUACAGCCAUUAAAGUUGCUGAGGCAGAAUUAAAUGGUCCAAUAAACCCUUUCAUUAACAUAAGCUCUAAGACAUCAUUACCCAAGCACUCAGUAGCAUUUUGCUCUCUGGGUUGGCGAAUAGCGAAUGUUCUGUCUCAGCUGUGUCUACCUCCAGUGGUUCCUUAUAUUCCUUUGCCUCGAUUGCUGCCACAAAGACCCAUUCUUACCAGACCUCCAAUUCAGAAAAAAAUGAAUGUCGACAGGAAAAAAGUACGUCUUUCCCUCAGGCAAGAAAUAAUGUUGGCACAAGCUGGUCAUAUGUCAUUACCCGAUUUCAAUACUCGUGCAAACUUUGAUCUGCGAAGAAUAGUGGAAGAUCAGUGGAGGAAAGAACUUCAUUUUAAAAUGGAAGAGGAAGAAAAGAGCAGACAGUUACAAUUAGAAGAAAAGCAGAAAAUGGUUGCACAAAAUUUCAGUGAACUGAUGAAGAAGAAGGAAGAGACACUUGAAAAAACUAUCAACUGCGCAUGAAAUGUCUGUUUGAGGGGAAAUUGCAAGGAGAACAGGGUAUGCUGAUUCAUCAUGGUGUUGGAGAGGCAACAUUUCAUUGCAUGAUGAA